AUGCUUUUCAGUAUACAUAUAUUCACAGCUAGAUUUAAAUUUCGUUUCAAUACUAUUUCGGCUUCGAACAGCCCAAUAUGUCAAUGUGCUGUUGAUCCUAAAUGUCAAGGACCAAUCACUUUCGCAAUUGAUCAUAUAACUAGUAUUAUAGGAUUGCCUGGUUCUCGUCCAGCAUAUGUCGCCAGUAAUUAUGUGGCACCUGGAUUGGUUGGUGGAUGCUAUACUAUUGAUUUACUCCUUCUAUCAACCCUUCAAUGUUUCUAUACAAAUUCCGAUUGUAUGAAUCAACUUUUCUAUUAUAUAAACAAAACAUAUCCGGCGUCUGCAAACAAUCCAAAUUUAUAUGCACAUGCAUUAAUCUAUAACCAAUCAUCAACUCGUUUUCCUCCAAAUACUUCGGUUUCAUCGAUAGUUGAAGAAAUGACCCUAGGGAAUAUCUUUGAUGUUUCCGUGCAAGAUCCGUGA